ACUUUCUGCCUUGCUGCUUUGUGUUUACUUCCAUCUUUUUUACUGUCUGCCUUGCUGCCUUGUGUUUCCGUCUGAGUAAAUGACUUCCUUGUCAUCAUCUGCUCUUGUUAGCCACCAGCUACAAAAACAACAGAGUACUUUCUUGCCGUUUGUCCAUUUCACUUGGUCAGUACUACAGUUGUGUGCUGAGUGUUCAUUAGCUGAAGAAAUUCUCUCUAAGUACUGAAACACCCCGUUAACAGUGAUCAUUGAUGUGUUCAGAAGUGUUAUAAAGACUUGUGGACCUUGCGGAGUAUGUGUGAUGUUGGUGUUUGUAAAAAAACAUACUGUCAGGUGUUUUCACUGAGUGCCUGGACUGAAGGCUGCAAUAGACCACCUGGAAAUGGGAGUGGCCUGGUUGGGAUGUUGGUUGCUGAGUUACAGGGGUUGGAGCAACUAGAAGGAGAAGGAGUACUUGCUCUGGAGAGAUCUGAAACUAACACUACAGCAAUGUACGUCAUUAGCCUUGGUAUAACUGAACGAUACAGACGGUGUGGAAUAGGGCACUAUUUGAUGACGUCACUGCUAGACCAUGUGACCUCGACUCUGAGCAACUGUUGGGCUGUCUACCUUCAUGUAGUCUCCUCCAACACUCCAGCCAUUGAAUUUUAUCGCAGAUUUGGAUUUUCCUCCCUGACGUGCAUCCCCGGCUAUUACACCAUAUCGCAGCGUCCUCAGGAUGGGCUACUGUUCAUUAGAUAUGUCAACCAGGGCGAGCCGUUCUCUCACUCCCUCUCUGCCUACACUCGUCGCUACGUGACUGAAUCAAGCAGCUGUCGACUGGUAGCUGGGCUCUGCCAGGCACUGAGACAUUGGCUCACACAAUAUACUUUCAGAAACAAUACAGAUAGUAAGAACAGAUUAUUAUGUCCGCCAUGAUAAUUUUUCUGAGA